UCUCAGGGGGCGGACUUGAACCUGAGACUGGACCUGGUUCUGCUCCUGGUCCGGCUCUGUGGAUCAGCCCAGUCUUUUCCUGCUGGAUCGUCUCAGCCUCCGGGAGGAUGUCAGGUGUCACCUCGGACCAGGUCCUGAAUCGAACCGGAUCCGGGCCGGACCGGAUGGAGGUCGGGAUCUUCCAGCCCCAGACCGUGUUCGUCAUCCUGGAUUCGGCUGAAACACUCAAUCUGCUCCGGGUGGAGUCUGGGAUCGUCGCCGACAUCGAGGUCGACAAUUUGUUGCCUUUAGGCUGCGAUGCCUUCUACGAGAUCAAGAGUCAGCCAAUCAGCAUCAGUACAUCAGCAGCAGCUUCCUCCCCUUCCUCAUCAUCAUCUUCCUCACUGACGUCCGUGAUGUCAUCCAGGGUGUUGAUGCGUCAGGACCUGAUGCGUCAGCAAACUCUGGAGGCGGAGUUUAAGGAGGCGCAACAGCAUCAUCAUCAGUUUCGUUCCUCUGACUCCUCGUUGCCUGUCUCUGUGUCAUCCUCCUGCAAACCUCCUGCUCAGGUUCCUGUGGAGGUGCUAAAGGUGCAGACUCACCUGGAGAACCCGACCCGGUAUCACAUCCAGCAGGCUCAGCAGCAGCAGGUGCGUCAGUAUCUCUGCACCAAUCAGACAACCAUCGCCCCCGGGACAGCCAAUCACAGGCCAUCUGAGCUGUCAUUAAGCCACUCCCCCCAGCUGAGCUCUGCCCCCGGACUGCGACCAGGAGAUGGCGCACAGGAAGUGGAAGACACCGUCAUUGAUGACAUCAUCAGCCUGGAAUCGAGCCUCAACGACGAAUUCCUGACACUGAUGGACUCCGGACUACAGCUCGCCAACACGCUGCCUGUCUCUGGGACGAUGCUGGACGUGUACAGCAGCAAUGGAGGGAUGGCCACGCCGGCCGUCACCGUUAGCAACAGCUGCCCGGCCGAGCUUCACGCCAUCAAGACCGAGCUGUUCGAAGUGGAGACAAAAACUCUGGUCAAAGAGAGACAGAAGAAGGACAACCACAACCUCAUCGAGAGGAGGAGGAGGUUCAACAUCAACGACCGCAUCAAAGAACUCGGAGACCUGAUCCCCAAAUCCACCGACCUGGAGAUGAGGUGGAACAAAGGGACCAUCCUGAGGGCGUCGGUGGAUUACAUUCGCAAAAUGCAGAAAGAACAGCAGAGGGCGCGAGAGGUGGAGGAGAGACAGAGGAGGCUGGAGAACGCCAACCACUCGCUGCUGCUGCGCAUACAGGAGCUGGAGCUCCAGGCUCGUCUGCAUGGCCUCACCUCCUCCUCUUCUUCGCCUCCCCCCGCCUCCUCCUCCUCUACUCUUCUUUCCCCAACUCUACCUCACCCCUUCUCCUCCCUGGCGCCUCCCUCCCUGGAUCUGGACGCCCUGAGCUUCGUGGAGCUGGACGAGCCUCGGGGGGCUUCCACUGUCUUCUCUGCCGACCUGAUGGCGGACGUGGGGCUGACGGAGCUCCAGAGCCUGGGAGACAUCCUGAUGCAGGAGGGGGGAGGUAGGGGAGGGGGCUUGAUGUCGGACCCCCUGCUGUCCUGUGGAGCGUCUAAGAGCAGCAGCAGGAGGAGCAGCUGGAGCAUGGAGGAGGACCUCUGAUGACAUCAUCACGUAUGCAGGGAUCUUAUUGGCCAGAGGCUGGACUCUUCAUCUUUUAAUAGAAAUAGUUUUCACCAAAAUGAACAGAAUAUAAAAGUGAUGUCACAGAGAGCAAAUGUGUCCUACAGUGUAACCAUGGUAACCACUGUGAGCCUGUCAGUUUCACACAGGUGUUUCCAUGGUAACUGUUCUCUCUCUCUGUGUGUGUGUGUGUGAGAGAAACAUUGUCACUAUGAUAUCACUUAGAUAACCAUGGUAACUACUGUGUCUUCCAGUGCUCCCAUUGUCACCAGUGUCACCAUGGCGACAGCUGUGCUGUUUCAUCCUCGUCAACAUCAGCCCAGAAGCACAUCGUCCAAACUGAAAUAACUCGCAGCUGAUUGGUCAGUAGAGCAGCAGCUGAUCAGUAACUGGUUGAUAACAGUUCAGUUAAAAUUAUAUUUAUAUAGAUAUUAAGCUAUAUAUAAUUUUUUUUACAAAUGGAAUUUCCCCCCCUCCCCGAAAAUCUUUUAAAGGAGCGCUAUAUAAAUGUUUGCUACAUAGCUGAUAUUAGCAAAAGUUAGCAUUGAAGUGCUGUGCUGAUGUAAUUCAGAAUCUUUCACAUGUGGCACAGAUUCCUGUAGCCACGCCUCCAUCUGUGACAUCACAGCAGGUAACUUCUCACUGUGUUGGAGACAGGAAACGUAAUGAUCGUCUGUUCUGGUCUCAGUCAAAGGAAUAUUACGCAUAUAUUACAGCAGAGUUCAUUCUGGACUGGAGAGAGGCUUUAUCCUCAUUUAUAAUGACCAACGUACAGAAUUAGUUUUAUAAAAUCAACUUUAUCAAUUCAUUUUACAUUAAAUAGAUCAAUGUCCUGAUAUUUGCUGAAUUGACUCCUUGAACCCAGUGAUGUUCCAGAACAGAGAUCCAGCCAUAGUUACCAUAGUAACGACAGCUUCAUGAAGAAGGGAUUCAUUUCAUUUUUAAUGUUCAUGUAAAUGUCUGUAGUCUCAGUUUUUAUAGACCAAACUUUUAUACCGAAAUAAAUUCAUGACAUCCUG